CAACAUUCCACCAGAAAAAGAGAGAGAGAGUCUAAGGCCAUGAAGCUAACUUCUCUAGUCCCUCUCCUCUUUCUUGUCCCCUUCUUAGCCUCUUGCUCUGAACAAAAACAGGUGUAUAUUGUCUAUUUUGGAGAACAUAAAGGUGAUAAAGCUUUACAUGAAAUUGAAGAACACCAUCAUUCUUAUCUUCAAUCGGUUAAAGAAUCCGAAGAAGAAGCCAAGUCAUCGCUGUUAUAUAGCUACAAACAUAGCAUCAAUGGCUUUGCAGCUGAGCUAACCCCUGAUGAAGCCUCUAAACUAGAAAAACUUGAAGAGGUUAUUUCCGUAAUCGAGAGCCACCCAAGAAAAUAUGAAACCCAUACUACACGGUCAUGGGAAUUUGUAGGACUGGAGGAGGAGGAAACCGAUGAUGCUCAACGUCAAAAAAACGAUGUAGACGAUCGGUUUAGGGUCGGGAGGAAGUUUUUGAAGAAGGCAAAGCAUGGAGAUGGAAUCAUCGUCGGUGUUCUCGACAGUGGGGUGUGGCCAGAAUCAAAGAGUUUCAGUGACAAAGGAAUGGGACCCGUUCCAGAAUCAUGGAAAGGAAUCUGCCAAACCGGAAUUGCCUUUAACUCUUCUCACUGCAACCGGAAAAUUAUUGGAGCUAGGUAUUACGUGAAAGGGUACGAAAAAUAUUACGGAGCUUUCAAUGUUACAGCAAACAGAGACUUCUUGUCUCCACGAGACCCCGACGGACAUGGAUCCCACACAGCCUCUACCGCGGUUGGUCGGCGAGUCAUCGGUGCAUCCGCACUCGGCGGUUUUGCCAUGGGCUCGGCAUCGGGAGGUGCGCCAUUAGCUCGUCUAGCCGUAUACAAAGCCUGUUGGGCCAAGCCCAACCAAGAAAAAGUGGACGGAAACGUAUGUCUACAAGAAGACAUGCUUGCCGCGAUUGAUGACGCGAUCGCUGAUGGCGUUCACGUCAUCAGCGUUUCGAUAGGGACUACCGAGCCUUUGCCUUAUUCGCAAGAUGGAAUCGCGAUAGGAGCGUUGCAUGCGAUUAAAAGAAAUAUCGUGGUUGCGGCUAGCGCGGGGAACUCAGGGCCGAAACCUGGGACUUUGUCAAAUCCAGCACCGUGGAUUAUUACCGUGGGAGCUAGUACUCUUGAUCGUGCUUUCGUUGGUGGUCUUGUACUUGGUAAUGGAUAUACAGUCAAGACGGAGUCGAUAACUGCAUUUAAAAUGGACAAAUUUGCACCUCUAGUGUACGCUGCUGAUGUGGCUGUUCCCGGCAUUGAAUUGAAUAAUACAUCGCAAUGUUUACCUAAUUCACUUAAACCGGAGCUUGUGAAUGGUAAAGUGGUUUUAUGUUUAAGAGGAGCCGGUUCAAGAAUCGGUAAAGGUAUGGAGGUAAAACGUGCUGGAGGAGUCGGUAUGAUUCUUGGGAAUUCUCUGGCUAACGGCAAUGAAAUUCCUUCAGACUCUCACGUUGUUGCCACAGCUGCUGUUACCCCUACUGUGGUCGAAAAAAUUCUUGACUACAUCAAAACCGAUAAAAACCCGAUAGCUUUCAUCAAAGCGGGGACUACAGUUUACAAAAACCAGCCAGCUCCUUUAAUGACCGGUUUUUCUAGCCGUGGUCCGAACCUCGUAGAUCCCAACAUUCUAAAGCCGGAUAUUACUGCACCGGGACUGAAUAUACUAGCUGCAUGGAGCGGAGCGGAUUCACCGAGCAAAAUUUGGGUAGAUCAAAGAGUUGCUGAGUAUAAUAUCUACACAGGAACUUCUAUGUCUUGUCCUCAUGUUUCUGGUGCAAUUGCUCUUCUCAAAGCUAUUCAUCCUAAGUGGAGUAGUGCUGCUAUAAGAUCUGCUCUUAUGACCACUGCUUGGAUGACCAACGAUGAGAAGAAACCGAUCCAAGAUACUAACGGUUUACCCGCAAACCCAUUUGCACUUGGAUCAGGACAUUUCAGACCUACCAAAGCUGCUGAUCCCGGUUUAGUCUAUGAUGCAUCAUACCGAGCAUAUCUUCUCUAUGGUUGCUCAGUUGGUUUUACCAAUAUUGACCCGACAUUCAAAUGUCCAAGUAAAGUCCCUCCUGGUUAUAACCUCAAUUAUCCGUCAAUUUCUAUCCCAAAUCUCAACAGGACGGUGACCGUUAAAAGAACGGUUACAAAUGUUGGAAAUGGUAACUCAACAAGCACAUAUAUAUUCAGUGCUAGAUCGCCAUUGGGAGUCUCGGUUAAGGCUAAACCGAGUGUGUUGUCAUUCAACCGGAUUGGUCAAAAGAAGCGGUUUAAAAUCAUGAUCACGGUACGGAAGGACAAGAUGAUGAAUGUGACUGAAAAGGGUCAGUACCAGUUCGGAUGGUUUAGUUGGACAGAUAAGUACCAUGUUGUGAGGAGUCCAAUUGCCAUUUCCUUAGCUUGAUUGUUCUUUGCUUAUUGGGGUUGUUUUAUUGGUUUGGGUUUUAGAGGGGUCAAAGUGAAAGAAAUGGGAGACCUUUUUUUAAACAUUCUACGGACUUCUUCAUGUGUUCAAAUCAAAGAAGUAUUCUCAUAACUUACUUGUUUACUUAUGCUUUGUGAAGAUGGGUGUACGAAACAACACCAAAAUUACUUUGAAUUACUUGGAGUGGGCCUAUAAAUAUGAUUAAGA